AUGAAGAUUCCAUACGUUGUAUCAACUAAUACACGCUGGGCAUACAACACUGCGCCCUUGAUGCAUGCCUCUUUAGGCGAAACUGGUCGAAAACUAGUGCCCGAAGAUUUCGAAUGGGAUGACGAUUAUACACCGGCGCCUCUCACCCUCUAUGCAGCAUUAGCUCUGUCCAGGAUCUUCCAUAGAAUAAAUCCACUCCAUAAGAUUCUUCAAAAGGACGUAGAUAUACUUAUGGAUUUGUUUCCAGCUACUAUACCUCUGAAGUUCAGUGUCCGCUUUAUAAAGGAUGAACAAUACUGGAAACGAUCGUUUUACACAAAAUUCCCUGAACGUCAAGAGCUCGCUGUAAGUUUCUGGAAAGGAAAAUUCCUGUCAGCCUGUCUUCAGGAUUAUCUUGAAAAUAUAAAGCCUGAUAUUUUCAUAGAAGACGAUGCAGUUGAACUUGCUUCUCUGGUAAGCCCGUACAUUUACGAAUUGAGCUUGAAUCAACUGCAAAUGAUCCGGCAGCCGAAGCCGCCACUACCAUCAGACGCUGUCGAAGAUACUUGUGAAUAUAGUGUAGCAAAACUGUACGACCACAUACCCCUGGAACCAAUUCUCAUGAAACUAUAUAAUCUUCAAGAGAUAUCACUGGUAUUUGGUGUGAACAAUCUAGCAGAAGAGUAUAAACCGAGAUACUUUGAGUUUUCUUUAACUGAUUGCGAGUCCCUCUGCCGAGGUCUGGAGUAUUUGGCAAAUCUGAAAAUAUUCCGCAUCAAUCGUAGUAACUUGGAUUGUUCGAAAGUUAAGCUUAUUUUACAAAAUCUAGUCAAAAAGGACUGUAUAGAAGAGUUAGACUUCAAUCACUGUAAAAUUGGUGAUUAUGGUAUGAAGGCUUUAGGUGGUUUCAUAUAUCUACACAAGAAUGUGAAAAGAGUGAGGAUCGCAAACAAUAGGUUCAAAGAAGUUGGUGUUCAGGGAAUCGCUUAUGCUUUGCAAAUGCAUCCCGCUGCACCAAUAGAGCUGUUAGACUUCAGCUUAAACCCAAUGUCGUUGGAGUGCGCUACAAUAUUUGCGGCGGCGUUUGUAAGGUGUAAAGAGAAACCCCAGACGCUUAUUGUCAAUUCUUGUGGAUUCUCAGGAGCGUCUGCUGAAAAGAUGGCUGGACUGUUAAGCCUGAACCGAGGUCUCACCAGAUUAGACAUGGCCGCUAACAAUUUAUCUGGAGAAGCUGAAACAACACUCAUACGGGCACUUGAACAAAACAAGAAAGUCCUAAAAGUAGAUUUGAGGAGAACACAUAUAUCUGAUGAGACACAAAAGAAGGUCGAUGAACUGCUGGAGCGCAAUAGGAGUCUGCUGGGUCAGGAAACUGAAGCCAGCGAUGAAAUACCACCACUGUACCUCAAUGAACCUGAAUAUUUAAUAUGGGAGUACAAUCCUAAUAAUCCAGAUUACAUCCCGGGAAGAUAUCCAACGAGGGUCCCUGAGAUAUAA